CGCGAGGUAUUACAAACAAUUCACGUUCAUUACUUAUCAGUCAGAACUUUAGGUACACUGCAUCAAACGUUUUAAUUUAUGUUAAUCAAGGAAAUUAAAUAGUUAAUUUAUAGAGUUAUGGAGUUACAGAAGAAUGAAACUGAUAGACUUUUUGUUGAACCAGUAGUGCCUAAACCCAAAGUGAGUCUAGACACAAUCCUGUUCGAGGCGAUCGGCCAGUUCGGGCGGUAUCAGCUGCGGAUGGUAAUGUUGGCGGGAGUGUUGAGUGUCUUCAUCUCGUUCUCUGCUAUAGAAUAUGUGCUUACUACAGGGAGAAUCAACACCAGAUGCUUAAUUCCGGAGUGCGAGACCUCGGAAGCGGCCACAUUUUCCCCGCCGUGGAUCUUGAACGCUGUGCCAGAAAUCGACGGCACAUUCGACAGCUGCCACCGCUUCAAGCCCGCUGGUACCACUAUGAGGAACGACUCCUGCCCAGCUGAGUGGUUCAUCACAAACGUUACGAUUGACUGUUCUGAAUAUUUGUACGAGAAUAAUAAUACCAUUGUUUACGAUUUUGGUUUAGCGUGCGACGAAUGGCGCCGAUCACUCAUCGGUUCAGUGCACACUUUCGGCAAUCUCCUCGCCUUACCCAUCACGGGCUACAUCUCCGACCACUGGGGCCGCCGGUUCGCGCUCGUCAUCAACGUCGUCAACACCGCCUGGCUGGGCUGCGUGCGCUACUGGUGCAGUGGCUACUACGGAUUUCUGGUCACUGAGCUGUUCAAAUCCAUGUUUAGUGGUGGAAUCUUCUCUUGCACGCAUAUCUUAGUAAUGGAAUUAGUCGGUCCUAAACACCGGGUGGCAGCAGGUGCAGCUUUAAGUACUUGCCUUUCUUCGGGACAUUUCUUAUUAGGAGUCAUCGCGUGGGGUGUUCCUAAUUGGAAGAAUCUAAUCCUCAUACUUUACGUCCCUCAAUUGCUAUUCGUUUCAUACUAUUGGCUCAUGUCAGAAUCUGUGCGCUGGAAUAUGACCAAGGGAAGGUAUAAAGAGGUUGAAAGUUUCCUCAAAAAGGUAGCCCGAGUAAAUAAAAGGGAAUUAACUGAGAAAUUUCAGCAAGAAUUAAAAGAAACUGUAAAUACAGAAGAAAAACUAAAAGCACGCGAAGAAGAAUACAAAAAGAAGGAACCUUGGUUGAUCGUAGCAGUAUUCCAAAAUAAAGAGAUUUUAAAACGCUGCUGCAUUGCACCGAUAUGGUGGAUAGCUGUCACCUUGAUCUACUUCGGCAUGGCUAUCAACUCCGUCAACAUGUCCGGGAACCGAUACUUAAACUUGAUGCUGGUAGCUGCAUCAGAUAUACCAGGUUAUUGGGUGGCUGUGCUGCUAAUGGAUAGGAUUGGCAGAAAGCCUGUUCUCAUUGGCGCUUUUUGGACCUGCGCAGCCUGCCAACUGGUCUACAUAUUCCUACCUAAGUAUAUGUACGCCGCUUCCUUAUCAGUGUAUCUGACCGGCAAGUUCAGUAUCGCGAUAGUGAUGAUGUCGCUAUACAUCUAUACUGCAGAGAUCUUCCCGACCAAGCACAGGCACAGCUUGGUGGCUUUCGCCUCCAUGCUGGGCAGGAUCGGCGCCAUUGUAGCUCCGUUAACACCCGCACUUGGUGCAUCAAUUUGGCAUGACUUCCCUUCAGCGCUGUUCUGCGGGUUCGCGCUGACGGCCGGCGCGCUGGUGCUGCUUGCUCCGGAGACGCUGGGCACCAAGCUGCCAGACACCAUGGAGGAGGCGGCCUCGAUCGGCGUCAGGGACAACAAGUGAUCUGUGAUAACUAGAACUUAAACCAAGCUAACCUAAAAGAGUGAAUGAAAACUGAGAAAAGUUUUCAUGUAUUUGUUGAAGAAAAGAUAACUCGUCCGUAUUAUAACCAAGAGACCAAUAAAAUAUAUUUUUGGAUUAA